AUAGAGAAACUCAGAAAACAUUUCCACAAUGACACAUUCAAGUUUGACCUGUUACUCUUGGGUAUGGGACCAGAUGGCCACACGUGUUCAUUGUUCCCUGGUCAUCCAUUACUAAAUGAAACUGAUACUCCAGUUGCUGCUAUUACAGACUCCCCUAAACCUCCUCCAGAGAGAAUAACUAUAACAUUUCCAGUUAUAAACAAUGCACGGAAUUGUAUUUUUGCCAUAAGUGGUGCCGGAAAAGCAGAUAUGGUCAAACGCAUCCUAAAGGACAAAGAAGACUUGCCGGCCGGACGCGUAAAUCCGGAAAGCGGAUCUCUGUACUGGAUCAUCGACAACUCGGCUGCAGUACAUUUGUAAACUGUCGUCACGCCAGCCAGGUUCCUUUUACGGAUAGGAUCCAUCAAUAUGCUGCUAUGGAUAACAUCUCUUUAUGUACUAAGAUAACUACUGCGAACCAAGACAAUAAAGAAAUACUUCACACUUCAAAAAUAAGUUCCAUCCAACAGUAGAGUAUGAAAUACUGAUUUUGACAUGCCGGCCAGCCACGAUGGUAAACUUCAAGCGGUCGAAGCAGGUACCGCUUUAUUCAGCGGUCGUGUUUCUGAAACAAUGACCAGUACUCGCAGCAUACGAGCUUCCCAUCCAGUUUUAUAUUGGUUAAUUUAUGUUAGAGUCCAAAUUAUAGAAAAUAAAAAUAAAUGUUGAUUA